AUGACGUCUAGUCAAACUACCAACGAUCUUGUCUCCCAGCUUACCAUUGAGGAGAAGGUCUCCCUACUCUCAGCCGUUGACUGGUGGCGCACGCCCACCAUCAAGAGAGACAAUGUUUUUAUACCUCACAUCAAGAUGUCCGACGGGCCCAAUGGCGCUCGAGGCGAAAGCUAUGUGAGCGGUAUAACUGCCGCAUGCUUCCCUUGUUCAACCGCCGUUGGUGCUUCAUUUGAUGAACAGCAGGCAUAUCGUCUAGGCGAGGAGAUUGCAAAAGAGACCAUCACAAAGUCUGCCAAUGUCCUGUUGGCCCCUACUAUGAACAUCAUCCGAUCGCCUCUCGGGGGACGCAACUAUGAGACUUACUCAGAGGACCCCUACCUUACUGGAAUUCUGGCCUCUGCUUUUGUUCGUGGUUGCCAAAGCCAGGGUAUUGCAGCUACACCCAAGCAUUUCGUCGCCAAUGAGUCGGAAAAGUGUAGGACCAAGAUGACAUCCAACAUUGAUCGCCAGACCUUGCGUGAGAUCUACAUGCUGCCUUUUCAGCUCGUCCUUCGCGAUUCAGAUCCUUGGUGCUUCAUGACUUCAUAUAACCGCCUGAACGAAGAGUACUGUGCGGACAGCCAAUGGCUAUUGGAGGAUAUCCUCCACAAGGACUGGGGAUUCUCUGGGCUAGUGGUAUCUGACUGGAUGGGAACUUACUCAACUGCCAAAGCACUUGUUGCAGGAAUGGAUCUUGAGAUGCCAGGCCCGACAAGGUGGCGUGGGAAAAAGCUCAUCGCAGAGGUAGAAUCAGGAACUGUUCCUGUUGAAGUACUCGAUAAGAGUGUUCGGAGGGUUGUGGAGCUGGCAAAGAAGACGGGCCGCUUUGAUGAUCCUGUCGAGAAACCUGAACGUUCUGUCGAGGAUCCGGAUCGACAGGAGUUCAUUACCGCUAUUGCAGCUGACGGCAUGGUCCUACUCAAGAACGACAACAACGUACUUCCCUUGUCUGCAAACGCCUCUGUUGCCGUCAUUGGUCAUUUCUCUACCAAUCCCAGUAUCGGUGGUGGUGGCAGCGCAAAAGUUCUAGCACAACAUAUCAUCUCACCACUCUACGGACUUGAAUCACGCGGGGUCAAGUGUCGACACGCCCUAGGUGUUCCUGUCUUUGGAGCUUUGCCCCACGCCGAGCCAGACUUCAUCACAGAUGUUCAGUUGAGAUGGUUCAACGGUUCGGUUGUUGGAGAUAAUCUCGCACACGAGCAGACGAUCAAGCAACCAGAGUACAUGAUCAAAGAGGCUUGGCCCUCGUAUCUCAACAAAGAAUAUUGCACUAGCAUGUCCUUCAGCCUGACACCUUCAUCAACUGGAGAUCACACGUUCUCUGUCAUCACCACUGGCAAAGCUGAUGUGUUGAUCAAUGGAAGCAAUGUUUUCCACCGCCCACAGGAACUUGUUCUGCUCCCCGAGUCCUUUUACUUCUACAAGGCGAAGAUUGAGCGUCGGUUUACCUUUUCUAUGACUGCAGGUCAAGUAUACAACGUUGAGCUACGUUCCUGGGCUACAGAUGAAGAGGUUCUCUCCAAGAUCGGCGGCACGAUGUUCCAGGGAGCCUCACUUCGUUUCAUGGAGCACGUGGAUAUUUCCGGGGCAAUUCAGGACGCUGCCGACGCUGCGGAAGAUUCUGAUGUCGCCGUGGUCUUCGUAGGCACGACAAAUGAGAUGGAGUCAGAGGGCUACGACCGUGACACAAUGGAUCUCACCUCUGACCAGUAUGACCUCAUUUCUGCUGUUGUCGGUCGCAACCCCAAGACCGUGGUUGUCAACUUGUCUGGGUCUCCUGUCACUAUAUCACCUUUUAUCAACCAAGUUCCCGGCUUCCUGCAAGCAUGGUUUGCCGGUCAGGAAUGUGGCCACGCCAUAGCUCGGGUCCUGCUUGGCGAUGUCAACCCUUCAGGACGUCUGCCGAUGUCUUGGCCGCGGAAGAACGAAGACAAUCCAGCUUAUCCCAACUUCCCUUGCGAUGACAAUCUUGUUCUCAAUUACGAGGAGCGUCUCAAGGUCGGUUAUCGUUUUUAUGACGACGAAUCAUCGCCAACGCCUGAGUUCCAUUUCGGACAAGGUUUAUCUUACACGACCUUCGCUCUACAAGGCGAUCCCAAGUUCACGGCCUGCUUCGAGAGUGCGGAGCGCACAGAAGUGUCGCUAUCAACCGAAGUUUGGAACACGGGUAUUUUGGGCGGUAAGCAAGUGGUUCAAGUCUAUGUCACACUUCCUGCUUGCGACGGCAAUGAUCGUCCUGUGAAGGAGCUUAAGGCUUUCCGAAAGGUCCUUGUACCCGCUGGGGAGUCAGAAACAGUCACAUUCAAGCUUGACAAGUACGCAUUCAGCUACUUCGACGCAGCAAGAGACAUGUGGGUCAUCCCAGACGGGGAAUUUCUUGUCCAUUUGGGAUUUAGCUCUAUCGAGCUACUCCAGACCUUGCGUGUUUCCAAUGUCAAACGACAUUCAUGGACAGGGUUAUAG